AUGGGCGCCUGCAGCUCCACCGGAUGCGGCUGUGAGAAGGGGCCCCCACCGACGCUCAACAUCGAGCCGGGCGAGGUGAAGGGCAGCUCUCCACGCCCCCUGGAGGCCACUGGAGGCUCUGAGAAGACACCAGGCGGUCAAACACUGAGUGGAGGGGCCAUCUACGAGGGCCAAUGGCGAGGUGAAGACAAGCAUGGCCAGGGCAAGCUGAUCUUCGCUGAUGGCUCCAUGUACGAGGGCCAGUUCGACUCGGAUCGAAAGCACGGCACGGGAAAGUACACCUACAGCAACGGCUCUACGUACGAGGGCCAAUGGAAGAUGGAGGUCCAAGACGGCCACGGGGUGGAGAAGCUCGUGGACGGCAGCAUAUUUGAGGGCCAAUUCAAGAACGGCGACAAGUGCGGGAAAGGCAAAUUCACUUGGAACACAGGGGGCAGCUACGAGGGAGACUUCGAUGCCAACGACAUGCACGGCGAAGGUCGCUACCAAUGGAGCGACGGCAGGUCGUACACUGGCCAGUGGCGUCGGAAUCACAUGGGCCCCAGUGGUACCAUGCAGUGGACGGAUGGUCGCUGCUACGAAGGUCAGUUUCGUGAUGGAAAGAAGCACGGGGAGGGCAAGCUCUCCUGGCCUGAUGGCCGCUCCUACACAGGCCAGUGGGACAGUGGCCGGCAGCAUGGCGUCGGCAUCGCUGUCACUGCCAAAGGCCUUUCUCGGAAAUCUCAGUGGGAGCAUGGCAAUUUCGUGUGCUGGCUCGAGGAGCCGCCUGAGGUGACUGGCGAGACAGCCAAGACGUGA